AUGGAAGGAUUUGUGGACGAUCUACGACAAUGGGUGGACGCCACCGAGGCUGAAUUGAAUGGAGGGGAAGAGAUACCUGUUACGGCCUAUAGAUUCCUUGAGAGUGAAAAAGCUAGCCAUUGGUUUGAAAAAAGCGCAAACGAUUGGUUCCCGAUUGGUAAUCUAGUAGCUAGAGCAAAAGUGUUGGGUUACUCAGGCAUGAACAUACCGAACCUGGCCGGAAUCAAAGGGGAGCCCGAUGAGAAGAAUGUUCUUAAGAAAAUUUUCCUGCAGAUGAAGCCAAUUACUGGACUGAGCGGAUGGCCGGAAGUUAUACGCAGAGCCGUUGAGUCGUGGAAGCAGGCUCCAAAACGACGACAACAUAACACAAGAUCAGGGGCGCAACAUUCGGUUCAGGAGGUGUUUGACGGUCUCGGGAUAGAUGCGCAUGUGGAGCUGGAACGGCGAAUCGCCUUUGUUAUCAAUCUGGAUUUCGGAGCAUGGUGGCUAGCAUGGACGAGAGAGGAGGCCUGCGGGUUCCCAGACUCUCUGAGGGACCUCCAAACCGUUGUGCCAAGUAUUUCUUCCGGACUGUCUGAGGACUACGAACCAAAGAAGUGGGCUCUGAGCGGACAUGUCAUGGCGCUGAUCUCGCCAGUCGCAAUCUUGUUGCCAAAAUCGUUGAGGAAUGAUAGCCUUCACCGAGGUACUCUGCUGCAUAAGUCUUAUGUCCUGGGGAUGAAAGAACGCCCAGACAGUCUGGCUGCAGUAGAGAAGUUCUUGUGGGAAAGGAUCGAUAAAAUGUCCAGAGGGCUAAUGACAUCGGAGGAACUACUUCAAGAUUUGGCAGAAUACGAUGGCUGGAAAAAUGUGCCAGAGGAUGAGUCGUUGUUUUUCGUGGAUAAACAGUCGUCGGAGAAUUUGGCACCUAACGCUCCUCUUGGGGUUCCUCUCCCUCUAAUCGAUGAGAGCGGCGCGUCUUGCGAAGGUCAAGGUAACAUUCAAACGGGUGACGAGACUAUGGAGCCUGAAGGAGAGAACCACAACGAGGAAUCCUUGCCCGGGAGGUCACUCCCCAGCGUGGAACAGGAACAUAACGGAGAAAUUAUUGUUGGAGAUCUGCCGUCAGUCAGCGACGGCGAAAUGGUGUCUGGACAAGAAGCCUGCGGUGCAGCUUCCACAGGAGAAGCCCGCAUUGAAAAGCAGGGUGGACCUGUGAAACCUGAAACAGAUUCACUGGGGGACCUUGACGAGGAACACUUACCAGUCAUCGGAAAUUCGCCCCCGCUGGUGGAGGAGCGUGAUGGAGAAACAGGCCAGAGAACAAAAACGAUAGCGGUGAAUAACAUACUCAACAUGAUAGCCGAGUCAUAUGGUGAUCUUGGAGAGGAUACGGAUGAGUCAGUCAGUUCCAAAUCUGAAGGGUCCGGUCAAGAAGGAGCGCAUAUGUCAGCUGUGACCUCUGGACCUAAUUUUAAUCAUCUCUCGCCAGUGCCUGAGGGGAACAGGAUAACGGGAAAGGAUGCGGGUGAGCAGUGCAAGACGUCGCGUCUUCUGGGACCUUCUUUCGACCAGAAGAGACCAGGCACACCCGAUAUGAUCGAUGUGGAUAAUGGUACUCCUGCUUCUUCGGGUCGUCCGGCACACUCCUUUACAUCUAUCAGCAAGCCUAGUCCGUCUGACCACAGGGAAUAUCAAGAGGGCCGUUCAGAUUUGGAAAAUGCAGCGGAAGGAAUGAGUUCGGGGGAGGAUGAGCUCUCAUCUGUAGAUGAAUCCGUCAUUGAACCUACCAAGCCCCCUGGAAGAUCCUUACGUGAGAGGAAGAUGCGAGUGGAAGUUCAAAUAGAUGGUAGCCAGUCUGGCAGGAAGCGUCAGCAUUCAUCUAACCACGAAGGAACGAGAAAACGGAGGAAGACCUCACAUCGCAUUCCUCGGGCCAAACCAGUGGAGAAAGCGGUAAGUACACCAACGGAGCCGAAUAACGCGAAGAAGGAGGAAGAGGUAGCUACGAUGGAGAGAUUCAAAGCCAAGGAUGCACGGCGAGUGUUUGUGAUUCAAGCCAAACAGAGGCUUCUGCAAAAGGACGUUGUUCAUGUCUUUGAUGUGGACGCAACGUGGUUUAUCAAAAUCAGAAUGAAGGCUUUCGACCUAACGGACUUGGAGUUGUUCAAACGGGCGAUGGAAAAAUGCGCCGAGCAACAAUUGAUUGACGGGAUAGUUGCUAAAGAUGCCAAAGAAAAGUGGACGAAUGUCAAACUAGGGGAAUUGACAGAGAACAAGGAGGCGAAAGCCUCGGAAUGGAGAUCGCUAAGUCUUGGUGAGAUUGGUGAGAUAGUGAGUCAGUCGCCUGUGUUGAUUAGGGGUGAGGAAGGUUUGGAGUUUGGAGAAGCAGCAGCAGAGGAAAAACUUGGAGACGUGGAUAUGAUGAGAACGGUGCACGAUAAAUCAUUGGGAGAGGAGAGGGUCCACGUUCAGGCGUCCCUACGAGAUGCGAUACGGACUGCCCUUCACGGUAACAAAAUUGUCAACUGUCUCGACAUCACCAUUGAGAGGACGGGACGUUACACGGAGUUGCUGGACACUGACCGAGUGGCUGUAAAUUAUGUGAGAAAUAUGCCCGUAGUCCGUUUUAUUGCAGACGGGAUCGUGUUCACGGACUGGGGCUUGCUCGCCACCGGAAAUGCCUUUCACAGGCGUCAUAUCGAUGGUGGAGGGUGUGGUACUGAGGUGGCGGUGGUAGCUGGGACAAAGGUUUGGAUUGUGUCUCAUCCUAAAUCUCCGGCAUACUGGGGGAGGUGGUUUGGGGGGGACUUUGAUGAGGUGCAAGAGAGCAAGGAUUGGGGUGAAUAUAGCUUCCUGUUGAAACCGGGAGACAGAAUCAUUAUGGGCCCAUGUUCCCCGCAUACUGUCUUGACCAUUGACCCAUCGAUUGCCGUUGGGGGUCAUUACAGGUUCGCUAAGUCGAUGGACAAGACUUGUUGCGGCAUUUGUCAAGCGUUCGUAGCCGACUCAAACUUCACGAAUGCAGCCCACGUUGAUGCGACCAGGGUGAUGGUCUGCGUUCUGGUUUUCUUGGUGGAGAAGCUGAGUGGACCCGAUAUCGAUUGGGAGGAUCAAUACCCAUACGAGCCAGCGCAGUUUCUCAUUCUAUUGAUGGUGACAAAUGUAGUGCGCUUGGCGAGGGUGCUUGACCCGAGGACCUACGACAAGACCCUUCCAAGAGAUGUAGCGCGUGCUUAUGGAGUAGGGGAGGCAUACGCUAAUAGGCUUUUGAGUUGGCUGGCAACAAAUGUAGGGCAGCACACAUUGGGAGAAACGGAGCAAAGCUGCACGGAAAUUGCACGUCGUCAUUUAGUGCAAAUGGCACGUGCGCUCGUAGUAUUCAGACAUCACGCGGAGGAAGAAGGGAUCGAGGGCGCAAACAGUAGUAUAACUACUGAGAGUGUGCGGGGUGCAAUUGAGGAGGAGAGCUUUGCAGAAACAGAUUGGUUCAAGGAGCAGUGGCCAGGAGAUGAUGACGAAUGGGACGAGCUAUGGACAACAACGCAGAGCUUUAUUUAUAUGGGAUAG